AUGGCAAUCUUCGAUUCCGAGAAGCGCCCUCGCGGCCUUCGUGUGCCUUCGCUCGCAGCACUGAAGUCUUCAGCAACGAAAUCACAAUUCUCUUUCCAAAAGAAAUCCGACUUGCCAUCGGAUUUGCCGUCUGACUUGCCGUCCGAUGAAUCAACCUCGCCUAAACCGGCAGCCUUUCCUGCCCCUCCACCACCAAAGCCGGCCCCCCCCGCCGGACAAGGAACUACCAGUUCCCCCGAAAGUGGACAUUCCAGCCUCAUCCAACAACCCAUACUUCCCUCCAAUUCCCGGAAAUGCAAUCCCAGAACGACGCCCAGUGGAACGGGUCCCUGUCCCAACGCAGUCUCCCCCUCGGAUGACAGUGACAUACUCCCCCCACCUCAAGUCCCGACCCUUGCUCAGGCCCCAGCUCCAGCUCCUGCCGAUGAGCCCAACUCCCCCCUGCCAGAAGACUUCAUCCCAACCCCCGACAGUGCCGAACCGCCACUAGCAGUCCCAGAACUGCCGCGCGAGGAACUGGCCCCCUCACCCUUCGUCCCUCCGGAUGUUGAACCCGUGGCGCCGAAAUUGAAUGAGAUCCAUCUCACAUGCUACCAGCAGCACCGCGCUAUGCCCGUGGCGCAGAAUACGUGGUGUCCAAUGCCGUGUAUGACCUGUCAGAAAUUUGACAUUGAGAUCCGGCAUCGCUGUGUGUUCUGCUGCUUGCGCAUUUGCGAGUCGUGUUACCAGAUCCUACAGAAAUGUAAGAAUCGUUCGGUCGAGGAGUUGGUUGAUCAACUCGUAUAA